CCGGGCACUUCCGGUUCGCAGCGGCGGAGACCGGAAGUGCCUCUGAUCGGACCCCAAUUGCUGCGACACCAGCCCCGGCUGCGCUGCCUGGGGUGGCCCCGGCCCAGAGAGCAAGAUGGCGACUGGUGCAGAUGUGCGGGAUAUUCUGGAGCUGGGGGGUGUGGAGUCAGAGAACACGGGAACCAUCAGUAAGAAGGACAUCAUCAAUUCUGAUAAGAAAAAAUCCAAGAAAUCAUCUGAGACGCUGACAUUUAAGAGGCCGGAGGGGAUGCACCGAGAGGUUUAUGCACUUCUCUACUCCGAUAAAAAGGAUGCGCCUCCACUGCUGCCCAGUGACACGACGCAGGGCUACCGCACAGUCAAGGCAAAGCUGGGCUCCAAGAAAGUACGGCCCUGGAAGUGGAUGCCCUUCACCAACCCCGCGAGGAAAGACGGGGCGAUGUUCUACCACUGGAGGAGGGCUGCAGAGGAGGGAAAGGAUUACCCCUUUGCCAGGUUCAACAAAACAGUGCAGGUUCCUGUGUACUCGGAGCAGGAGUAUCAGCUGUACCUGCAUGACGACGCCUGGACCAAGGCGGAGACGGAUCACCUCUUCGACCUCUCCCGCAGGUUCGACCUGCGCUUCGUGGUGAUCCAUGACCGCUACGACCACCAGCAGUUCAAGAAAAGGUCAGUGGAGGACCUGAAGGAACGGUACUACCACAUCUGCGCCAAGCUGGCCAACGUCCGCUCUGCUCCGGGCACCGACCUGAAAAUCCCCGUCUUUGAUGCCGGCCACGAGAGACGUAGGAAGGAGCAGCUGGAGAGGCUGUACAACAGGACACCAGAGCAGGUGGCAGAGGAGGAAUAUCUGAUCCAGGAGCUGCGGAAAAUUGAAGCCAGGAAGAAAGAGAGAGAGAAGAGAACCCAAGACCUGCAGAAACUCAUCACCGCUGCCGACACCACCACGGAGCAGAGGCGAGCGGAGCGCAAGGCUCCCAAGAAGAAGCUGCCCCAGAAGAAAGAGACAGAGAAGCCUGCUGUUCCGGAGACUGCUGGCAUCAAGUUUCCCGACUUCAAAUCUGCAGGUGUUACACUGCGGAGCCAGAGGAUGAAACUGCCGAGCUCGGUAGGACAGAAGAAGAUUAAAGCCCUGGAGCAGAUGCUGAUGGAACUGGGAGUAGAUCUCAGCCCCAUGCCGACAGAGGAGAUCGUGCAGAUGUUCAACGAGCUGCGGAGCGACCUGGUGCUGCUCUAUGAGCUCAAACAGGCCUUCGCCAACUGCGAGUACGAGCUGCAGAUGCUCCGGCACCGGCACGAGGCGCUGGCCAAGGCGGGCAGCCUUGGCCCCGUCGGCAUGGAGGGGGCCCGCGCAGACGGGCAGGCAGGGCUCAGCGUGGAGGAGGGCAAGGGAGACGCCAAGGACCAGAUCAUUGAUGUGGUUGGAGCACCACUGACCCCGAACUCGACAGUUCCCAGUGUUGCCCAAGGCGACUGGAAGAGCUGGGCCACGCACGGCAAGAGGAGAGUGAUUAAUAUGACUUGGUGACACAUUUGAAAGAUGGGGCUUUUGCCAUAUACAGCUGAUCAGACGCACAUGCUCUUCUCCAUCAAUUCCAUGCCCUGCCAGCGAAGCCGCCAAGCCCCGGCUCCUUUCUUUCCAGGCUGGGCUUUGGUUUUAAAUGUGCCUUUGGGCCUCUCCAUUGCCAAGGAUUUGAUCUGAUUUUUGAUAGGGCUUCUAUUCACGCCGUUGGGCGAGUUCUCGGGCCCUUGAAUUUCUCCGAUAAUGGAGCCUUAUGAGGCAGCCGGGCCGAGGCCUCUGAUGAAACCCCCUGUGUUGUUUUAACGCUGAGCAGUGCAGAUUGCCCUCUGCUGAGUGCCCCGCGCAGAUGGAGGUUCGCAGGGGGUGUCUGCUGGGGUGAGGGCAGGUGAGGCUCCCCCGUCACGUACGACUGGCAGUACGCCUCUCCUCUGCCUCCCUUCCUGGGCUGACAGCUGCUGGCUCACAGCAGUGCCGCUGGAAGGCUGGGGGGGUGCACAGCUGCCGCUGCUUCAUGUGCCUGUCCGGCCCCUCUGCAGCCGGCCCAGGACACACCUUGGGAGUAAGCCCCAGAGCACAGGCCCUGCCAGUCACCUCGCGGGAGUGCCACGCGCUGGUGCCGAACCUAGGGGCGGGAGUGAUUGAAAAGACAGCUUGGCUCAGCCAGGUGAUGCUGUGGGGCAGGACUGAGCCUGGAGCCCGUGCUCCCGGCCUUUCACUAGCCCAAAGAAUGCUCCAGGUGCCCCCCACCCCUGAGGCUGGCCCUGACCUGGUAUUUAACCUCCAUUUUCCUUUGGUUCAUUUGAUCCCAUCCCUCCCCGUUGCCCCCCACUGGGCCCACUCUAGACGGUUCCUCUGGGAAGGAAGGCUGGGCUGGGGCUCAGGGAGCUGGGUUCACAGUGCGAGCCAGGAUGACUCACUGGCUCUGCACCUCGGUUUCCCCUCCGUACCAUGGGGAUAGCAGCCCUGUCCUGGGGCAGGUGUGGAUUGGGAGCUCCUUGGUGUUACCUCUGUCCUGGGCACACUGCUUUGGUGCCUCAGACAAGCUGCCUCGAGCCCUCCCAGACGGCUGGCUGCCCCCCACCCACCAGCUCUGGGGAGGGUGGCCUGUGCAGCCCCGGGGAGCAGUGGCCUUUGGGGGAGCCCGGCUGCACCAGGCUUCCGUGCAGUGGGCUGGGGCUCUGUCCUGGGCUGAGUGCAGGGCACUGGGCCCUGUUCCCGGGCGUGGGCGGCACUGCCUGUGCACCAGGACUGUGUCAUCAUGUGCUUGGGCUCUCCCGUCCUGUUUCAGCAGGGUACGGAGCAGCCCCAGCUGGGCUGCAGAGCCAGGCAGCAUCGGCCAUGGGGCUGGGCAUUGUGCAGUGUGUCCUGCGUCGGGGCUGCCAGCCGGGAGCCCGUGUACCUUGGGAGGGGAAUUCUGGGCUUGGCCUCCCAGCUGCACACUGAGGCUGUCCACGUGUGGCUCUGGCCUGAUGUGCUGGGGGCCCCAGCUCGGGCCAUGGCGCGGCUCCCCUGGGCUAGUGAGCUGCUGGGUGCAUUUGCUCGGGGGCACCCGCUGAGCACGCUUCUCUUUUGUUUCCCGUCUCCUUUGGAGCAGAGAAAGCGCCGGGAGUCGGCCUCCAGCUCCUCCUCCAUCAAGAAGGUGAAGAAGCCGUGAGCCUCGUCGGGUCGGCACCAGGCCGUGACAAGAGACUGACUGUGGGAGCUGGGCAGGGAGGGGCCUUGCUGGGGCUGUUCCCUUCCCAGCACUGCUGUCCCCGGCGGGGUGAUGCUGCGAGGCUGCAGGGAAGCUGGGCAGGCAGAUGGAGCCCUGUGAGUGGCCACGGUGGGGACUGAUGUGCUGGAUUUCUGUGUCCGUGUAAAUACAGCCGUCCCCCUCCCCAA